AUGCGUCGUCCUCACCACACCGCGGCGUCUCUUUCGCCAGAGGACAAUGGAGCGAAGCUUGACAGUCUCCUGGACGGUGACUGGUCGCCCGUCCCCCUCUCCACUAUGCCUUCCAUCCAUUUCUCCGAAUAUUCUCAUCCCACUAACGGUGACUGGUCGAAUGGCGUUUCAAACGUCGGCGACAGUUGCAAUCCUCUCACCCCACAGGAAAUGGUUCAAAAUAGACUGUCUUGCCCGCGAGUUCGUGAUGCGGGUGGGGGAGAUGCGGCGAGUGUAAACAACGGCGGUAUACACACGAUGCCUCCGACGGACUCUUUCACGCCCACGGAAAGAGGACCGGCCUUCUCCGUCACGCGCCUUUCAGGACGGAGAUCCACUCGCAGUCGGAUGCGGGCUCCGCGAGUAAUACAGCCGGAAGUGCCGCUGCAGUCACAGAUUGUGAAGGAGCCACCGUCAACAAGGGUGAAGAACGGACUGGAGGAGUCUGGACCCGUAUCGAGGCUGUUGUUCAGUCCUGUGCUGGAGAAGGAAAGGAAUGUAAAGGCACCAUCGUCAGAACAGCCAACAGAAGAAGAUAUGAGGGAGUCUUGGGAGUCCCACUCUUUUCCUGUAUCAGACCUUUCCCAGCACCAGGAACCAUCGUCUCUCUCUUCCAUUGCUGGAAAAAACAGCAAUUCGGGGAAUGAUGUAAACAAGCAUCUUCCUUUCGUUGUGCAUCGGCGAUCGGGAAGAGGUUCUCUGCCGCGUCGGUCAGCAAGGCGCUCUGCGACGACCUUGUUUUCUGCCGUGGAACCUUUAGAAAUGAGCGACAAAACCAACUGCGUGAGCCUACCGCCGUUAGUGGAAACAUCACCCAGUAAAACACUGAAGGCCUCCGAGUGUUUCACAGCCACGAAGGGGGCUGAGGCACAAGCCAUCUUGCCAUCGGAGACCGACAGCGAUCUCCAAUUCUCUGUGUCCUUGUUAGGAAAGGCGAGUAGAGAUCAUUCAACGGCAAUUAGCCCUUUUGAUUUGUGUUGGGUGCAGCGGGCAGAAUCCAUGGAUACCGCUACCGCUGAAACAGGGAAAUCUCAGUUUAAUGGCUCACUUUUUUCUUUUGCAACCAGCAACGUCUUAGGUGAGGGGAGCCGACUCAACUCCGAGACGAUGGGAGGCGACGGGACAGAAAAACGGGAAUGUGGACCAUUACACACGGUCUCAACCAGUGACAACGAUACUCGUACGGAAUUGCCGAAGAAUUCUGAUUCUUUUGAACAGCUAAGCCAACUGGUGAAGCGUACAUCUGACCCAGAGGUGCUUCAUCUUAUUCGCGAGCACUUUUUGCGAAACAACAGUGACCCGCAGCGACAUGCCUUUGUUGUCCUCUGUGACAAACUUGCUAAAGAGAUGGAAGAAAACCCAGGAGAAAAAAAUGCUCGGCGAGCUGCAGUGAUGGAUGGGGAUGAAGAAGAAGACGAUAAGAGGAUGAGUUCUAUAGAGGACUUUGAUUGUCAUGAUACUGAGGAUGAUGAGUUUGACGACGACAACAUCAAGGAGUCUGUGUACCCCAAGAAAGAUCCACACAGGAAUUACACAUUUGCCAACCCUUCCGUUCAAGGGAAGAGCACUUCGGUGUUCAGCUCCGGCAUGUUGUACAAGAUUUUAAGAGAGAAUGGUGAAUUCUUCUUUUUCAAUGACACGUUGCAUUAUGUCAUGGUGGUGCGGGUGCAGUGCCGGCUGUGGGGAGAUGAGACGAUCGACGAGAAGGUCGUCCAGACACAGAUGGGGAAUGGCGAGACGGAGCUUACACUGGCAAUUCCACCGGAGGCAACUUGCUUUUUAAUGAAGACUGUAAGAGAUCUUCCGAGAGUUUGGGCGAAGGGCGUUGCACCGCCAAAAGACUUUGUUGCGCCUUCUGUGAAACGUAACAUGCAUGACGUUGAUAUGGGUAUCAACAAUGUUCGGUCAAAAUUAGGGCAGUGGAGCCGUGCCGGAGACCAGAAAUCCCUUUUAAAAUGCUGCCUUCAUAACGGUCUCAGGUUUACGGAUCUUGAGUUUCGUCCAUCUGCCAACUCCUUGUGUCGUCCAGAUGCUGACACGGCGACAUUCUCUUUUCUGACGUGGCGACGACCCGUGGACUAUUUGAUGCUCACAGAGGUGAGCCAAGCCCGCCUUUUUAGAAGAAAUAUCUCAUCUCAUUUGGUGCGUCAAGGCUCUUUAGGGGACCACACUGUUAUUGGGGGUAUUGCAGCCGUUGCCAUGUUUCCUUUUCAUGUCCGUUGGAUGUUUCGACACCCAGUAAGCUCAGCGAUUGGAAAACGCGAGCGUGAGGUCGGUGCAUACCGUGUCACUCUUUGUAUGGGAGGUUGGUGGACAACAUUGCUGUUGGAUGAUUACUUUCCAGCAUCGCUCAAGGCACCAUUGUUUGCGAGGUGUGCGGUUGACCCACGUCGUUUGUGGGUAUCUUUCUUGGAGAAGGCGUACGCCAAAGCUCUUGGGUCAUAUGCAGCAUUGUGCGCUGCCGACGCACUUGAGGUGUUGACGGACUUUACUGGCUUCCCGUGUCGUAAUUUAGAUGUUUUAUGGUCAGAAGCUGCAAACGACCCUGAAGCCGCAAAGGCUCUCUACAAAUAUAUUCAUAGUUGCGCCAGACGUCAGUUCCUUAUUAUGGUAUACACUCCUUCACCCUUGAAACCCAGCUCUGCACCUUUGAUGGAUAACUUAAUUUGCCCAUCUACGCGUUUUGUGGGUUCUGGUGAGGGGGUUUCUUUCUUUUUGCCUGGUCAUGUUUACUUUAUCACGGAGACUCUCUACUAUGAGGAUUUGGAUCUCCGCUUGGUGCGAUUGAAGAAUCCGUGGACGUGGAGUGCAGCUGGAAGGACACGCAGGCCGUUUGGGUGGAAACGUUCCAAGUGGUUUGAGCAACCAGAGAAUAGUACAACCAUGGGAGCCAGCAGCGUCAUUUUUCAGUCAAAGGGUGAGGAUGGCCGUGGGGGUGGUGAUGGGAACGCGCUGAAACAAAAGGAGUUGGGAACCAUGUGGUUGGAAUGGUCGGAGGCUUUCCGUUCAUUUGAGGGCGGUGGUGUCUGCUACACCCUUUGGAACUGGAAAGAGUACCGCAUCCGAGGCCGUUUCUGUCAAUGUAUUCCCACCGUUGUUCUUGAGGUCCGGGUUGAACAGAAGGCGGAGUGUAUUCUGACGAUUUCGCAGGAAAGUAGGCUGAGGCGUCUUGGAAGUGCGAGGAAAUUUCGAUAUGAUGCGAUGCUUCUUUUUGUCUCGCGUCACAUGGCCGCAUCGAAUAUGGAGUUUCUUGCGUGCACGAGCGCCGGUGACAUUGAGUCUCCGAGCGAGGGUUUUACGUACACCGCGGCACGAGACGUGUCUGUGCGGUGCAUCUUUGAACCCGAGCACAGCCCGUAUUACGUGAUCCCACGUGUGUACCAUUUCAGUGAUUGGGAAGAAAUACCGUUUGUUCUUUCCCUUCUAUGCGACACGGUGAUUGGGGGGGAUGAUGCCCAGGUGCACUUCCGCCACUUGGACCCAUCCUGUCGCGUCUUUCAAGACAUGUCAUCCUUCACGGUGGAUGCGGAGCUCUGCCGUCCCGUCACGGCAACCUAUCAGUGCCGAACUCCUGCUGGUGUUUCGGCCUACGAGGGUCAAUGCAUCAGACAGCAAACUUGGCGCAGUAUGAGACAGAUGCAUCUGGAUGAUGGCUAA